AAUUCAAAUGUAAGUUACUUAAUGACAAAGCAUGAGGCUGGGAGAGAGGAGACAAGCGCCCAGUCUUCCUGCUACUGCUGGUGAAGAUAUAUGCAUGGACUUUCCCUGCCAUUUUUGUACAAUUCUGCCAGCCAGGGCUUGGUGUUGAAUUAAAAUGAACCUCACACAGUGUAAGCACUACUGAAAAAAUCAGUAAAGAUGAUUAUUAUUAGCUAUUAUAUAUUAUAGCAGUAAGAAAGAAUAAAAGGAGACCUGUACUGGUCUAUCAGUGAGGAAAAUGGAACCGGCUCUACAAUACCCUCCCUUAAUGUUCUCCACUCGAAAGAAAAACUUGCAUUAUUAUGUAGGAAGAGUGAGAGCAUUUUGGGAAGACAAGGUUUUCUUCUCUGACCAAAGGAAUGUUGCCAUAGUUAACAUGCAAAAUUUGUACCUCCAUGGAAGGCAAGCAACUAUGGAGGAUCUUGCUUACCUCGGAAGAAGGGUAGCAGCUAGUGAGUGGGACGAAGCACCAGAAUUUUACUCUUAUGUAAGCCAGUAUCCAAAUGAGGUUCCACACUCUUGGCCAUACAAACUUGCAGGGAAGGUCAUGUGGCAAGCUGCUUAUGCAUGGGUGGGAUUUAUGCCUGACUUCAUUGAGAGUGUGUGUCAGAAUGAUAUUGUUUACAUGCCUGUUAGCUAUUAUACAGGAAAGGUGAUUAGAUGUUUUGAGGAUAAAAUCCUUUUUGGAGACACAAGGAAUAAUGUAAUGGUAAAUUUAGAAGAUUUUUAUAUUUAUGGGGAAAGAGCUAACAAAAGAGAUAUAGCACAGGGAUUUAAUAAAUUAGUCCCCAUUAUCCAUGCAUAUGUUACAAAACUGAAAGUACUUGCAGGUGGCAGCACCAAAAUUAUAGGGCCAGAGCCUCAUUUACCUACCUGGCCAAAACAACAUUAUACCUCAGACACAUGGCUGGCAAAAUAUGCCUGGCAGGGAGAAUUACCAGAAACUGUGAGAAGACAAGUGGGAAGGUUCUAUUUGAUACACAUGAACCAGUGGGAUAAUAUAGGAGUUGUUCCAUGGGUAAAGGUUAGGCAGUUGCCAGGAUUCUGUGAUAUUGAAAAGACAGAAAAUAUGAAUGAGAGAGGGAAGUUGCCUUCAGUGGCAAAAGGCAGAUAUGAAGCCAGCAGCUCUGAAAUUACUUUAAACUCUACAUUGAUACCAGUUGAGCAAGAAGCGGGCAUAAUGAAAGGAUCAUUGUUAUUGGCCGACCAUCAACAGGGACUUAUGACGAGCUUUGUAGACAUAAUUGCCUUUACCAAAAAAAACUUUUAUAUUAAUGGGGAAAAAUUCAGAAGCCAUAUGUCUCUAUCUGAUUUCUUUAAAGCUAGAAAAAUUCCUUUAACUGCUUGGGUAGUGCCUCUUGCAAAGCCAAAAGUCAUAUUUCAUAUUAAUGUUGUUUGGUUUGCUGUUUGUGUUUGGUAUGGAGAUACACCAAAAAACUUGGAAAACCUCAAGAAAGAAUAUGAUGGAAAAUUAGCUGAAAAUUUAGUUGAAACUGCCACCUCUCACAUAAAAGUAUUUACUCAUUUCAUAGGAAAUAUUACAAGUUUAUCAUUUGCUUCAGGUGUUUUAAAGAGCAACAUAUCUCCUACACAAACAGUUAAAAUUUCCUUCAAAAGGAGAACUUUGUAUAUGUAUGGAUACAAGUUUCACUCUAGCUGUCGCCUUCUUGAUAAGCAACAAUUACUGGAAUCUUUUUCUUGGUCUGUAUUGGCAUACCCUGUUUCUUCAGACAAUAACCAUGGCUCUCUUCAGUACUAUGCAAUUGCUCUUUGGCAGUAUCAGUAUCAAAACUAUAUAACUAUGAACCUUUUUAGAAUAAUGGCAGAAGCCAGUGAUUCCAAAGCUGAAAUGAGUGAUAGCUAUAACUUUGGGAGUUAUGCACUUGAGAAGGAAGAUUUAGGUUACCAUAUGUCUGGAUGGAUUACAAUGAUAACUGAAUACUAUGGCAUAAUACAAAGCGGAAGUAAUCAGGCGGAGGCUACUUACCUAAUUUUUGAUAAGUCGGUUCUCUUUGUGGAUGGAGAAUUAUUACCUGAGCACAUAUCUCUAAAUGUAAUUGAUACAUAUCGCCAGUGUAAUGUGUAUGCCAAACAGGUACCACCCAAGUAUUAUGAUAGGUUCCUGAUAACAAUGAAGGCAAAUAUGGUAUGGAUAGGGAAAAAACCAGUGUUUUUGGAAUCGCCAUUAAAAAGUUCAUCUGUUAUAAAUGGUGAUAAAAAUCCAACAGGCAAGAUUGAGUCUCAUAAAGCUAAUGAGAAACAUGUAUCAGAAAGCCAGAGUGUAAAGGCUAAAGAUGGAGAUAGUGAAGUUCCUGCAGCAAAGAAAGAUUCUCAUGUGGAGUCUGAAACAGAUAAACAGUCGAGCACUAUAAAUGAGAAAGAGGAAAAUUCAGCAAUUGAACUUCAUACUGUUGAAGGUGUUAUAGCAGGAUCUGUAUUAGUGACAAAUUGUCAUCAGGGGCUCAUGAUUUGUUGUAACAGCAUUGUAGCUUUUCAUAGCAAAAACUUUUAUAUUGAUGGUGAGAAGUUUGAUAAACAAUUUAAAUCUCUUGCAGAAUUUUUUGCAGACACAGAGGUGUCUGUAAAAGCAUGGGUGGUGCCUCUGAAGGAACCAAGAAUAGUAUUUAAUUGUCAAGUUGUCUGUGAGGCUGUGUGUGUUUGGAUCGGACAAGAGCCAGCUGACUUGAAGAAAUUGGAAACAGAAAAGCCAGUACUGAUAUCACUCAAGGAAUCUAUCAAUGCUGAAGAGACACACUUUCCUAAGGUUGUGUUCGCUUACUUCCAGGGAAGUGUAACUAGCCUCUCAGAGUCUGUUGGGUUGAUUACAUGCAAAACUCCUCAUGGAUGUGCGAAAGUAGCAUUUUGGAACAAGUCACUUUUUGUUGAUGGAGUCAGAUUGCACCGUGGUAGUGAUCUACAGAGCUCUAAUACUAUUACAACAUCCAUGUGGUCAGUGCUUGCAUAUUCUAUAGCACCAAAAGAAUUUCUUGGUGAAACAGUUAAAUAUUGUGCCUUGGCAGUUUGGCAGUAUACAGACCAGCAUAAGAUAAGGAAAGAAAUUUUGCAAUUGACAUCAAGUAAACCUAAAGAUUUAGCAUUUGACAUUUUGCCUAUUGAUAUUCAGAGAGCAAUAAUAAAGGGAAAUGUGACAGUUGAAGGAACAGAUGCACUUUCAUUGGGCAAAAUCAUGUGUGGCUGGAUAGUCUUCACAAAAAAUAAAUUUGGCAUUAUUGAAUGUACCUAUGAAGAAGCUGAGGAGCACAAAUACAUUCUGUUUCACCGCACUAUGUUUUGGAUUGAUGGUCAAGCAUUUGACCCCUGUAGAUCUUUAUGCUCAGUAGACCGUUUGUUGCAGUGUACUUUGUAUAUUGGGACACCCCAUGAAAGUCAGAGGAGUGUGUGUGGGUACUCAGUCAGUUGUAUUGCUAGUGUAGUAUGGAUGGGCAAGAAACCUCAUAAGAUAAUACCAGGACCAUACUCACUUUUUAAUCCUUCUAAUCUAGAAUUGAAAUAUGUCCUGCAAGCUGGCCAGGUUGAAAAGGUGAAAAAAGAAAUGCUUCCAGAAUAUUUUGAAUUCACAGUCAUGCAGAUUUUAGAAGAAGAGUCUGGAAGUGAGGAAAUGCAAGACAAAGUAGAAAAUGACAAAGAGAGUGGCCAUAAAUACUGUGGUAAACACAUAAAUGGGCGGAUUAUUCAAGGAUGUAAAGGUGGUGGAAUUGCGCAGUGGCAUAGCAUCCAGCUUGGGGGAGAAGUUUAUAUUGAAUUCUCUCGUCAAAAUAUGUUUGUUGAUUUGAAACCUGUCACAAAAAAAAAAAAAAUUUCAGCUCUUGAGUCUCGGCCAUGUAAUUUCUAUGUCAUACCAGUGCCUCACCAUAAUGUCUGUGAAUAUACCAUUAGUUUGGCUGCAACUUGUGGGUGGAUAGGUAGUAAACCAUCGCACAUCCCUCCACCAGGAACACAGGAAUGGGCCAAAAUUGAUUUAAGUAGUGUUCAUGUAACCCAUAUUGACAAGUCAUGCUUGUUGAAAAAUGACAUGAAUUCUUCACAUCCAGGAGCUGUGUCCAAAGACAGAAAACUUCAGGCUUUGAACAUAAAUGGUCAGUCAGGAAACCAAAACCCAUAUGAGUCCCAUGUAGCUCAAAGCUUGGUGGAUAACAAAACCAAUGAUUCCAUUGAAUUACCUUACAAGCAAAAUGGCAAUAGGAUUUGGGAAGAGGAAAUGAAAGAAAAUCAUUUGAGAGGUACUAUUAUUGAACUCCACUCGAACGUUGGCCGUCUGCAAGGCACAGAUGGAAGUCAGCAUUAUUUCUCCCGUGACCAUUGUUAUCUGUAUGGUGUCAGCCUCCGGUGCGUCGAAUUAUGGCACGUUCUUGUUCAAGGUGGGUGUUGCAGGUCCUCUGUAUUUAAUGCUGAUAUAACAAUCUUUCCUCCGUAAGCCAUGCGUGUCGUA